CAUGAGAACAUCUACACAGUCCCCAAUGCGCUGACAUUCACCAGACUAGUGAGUGCUCCGGUCGUUGGAUAUCUGAUUUUGCACGGGCAAGUUACGCUGGCGUUGGCGCUAUUCACAUACUCGUGUGUGACCGAUUUUCUGGAUGGGUUCAUUGCCCGCCGCUGGAACCUCCAGUCUGUGGUCGGAAGCGUCAUCGACCCGCUGGCAGACAAGAUGUUGAUGAUGAUCUGCACGGUCUGCCUGGCGACCACGUCGGAGAUCCCGCUGUAUCUCGCGGUGAUAAUCAUCGGACGAGACGUUUGCUUGGGAUUAGCGGCAGUGGUGAUCAGGUACCUCUCUUUGCCUGCUCCCAAGACUUUUUGGAGGUACUGGGACUUCAGCAUUCCGAGCGCAGAAGUCCACCCUACGAUGAUCAGCAAAGUCAACACGGCUUUGCAGAUGUUGUAUCUCGGCUCGAUGAUGAUCAAGCCGGUGUUCUUACUCUACCUGUCCGACCAUUUUGGCGCUGAAACAACAACCGCGUUUCUCCAGUACACUCACGUUUUGGAGGUGACGGUUGCAUGCACAACGUUGUGGAGCGGUUUGAGCUAUGCCUUCAGCAAGAAAGCAGUCAAGUUCGUG